CUAGGACCGAAACUAACGCCAGGAAUGGUUACUAAGGAGAGCAACAUGGCGGAUGAGUGAACACUUCAGUAGCGUCAAAUUCGCUGCAAAUAUGACUUAUAAAACCAAGUAAAUGGUAACGAGAUGGAUUUACCUCUUCCAUGCAAAGAAACAAGAAACUUAGUGGGCCACCAGGGAGCCGUACGAGCCGUCAGAUUCAAUUACGACGGUAACUACUGCCUGACAUGUGGCAGCGAUAAACUUUUAAAACUGUGGAACCCUCACAAGGGAGGUCUCCUAAAGACAUACAGUGGACAUGGAUAUGAAGUACUUGAUGCUGUAGGAUCCAGUGAUAAUGGUCGGGUGGCGAGCUGUGGAGCUGAUAAAACUGUUAUACUAUGGGAUGUGGCAACUGGACAAAUUAUACGCCGCUUUAGAGGACAUACCAGUGUAGGUGACAGAAAUUAUUCGUUCGCUUCCAUUUCACCCUUUGUCUCAAUUUUUGUUUCCCUUGUCUCAUACUAAUAAAAAAUCACGGCAAGAUUUCCACACAGCCCUAUACUCCAUUAUGCAUACAGUUCUUGGAUAAAAAAAAAAUAGUGGCAAAAACAAUGCAAUGGAUCGCCUUUGGGACAAUGGCUCUUGAUUGUGUAUUUUGAAAACAGAAAAAUAAUUUUGAUGUAAUACUUUGAACACAAGACAAGCUUUUCAUUACAAAAAAUGAUCAAAGGAUAUGAUAACUGUUAUUAUGUGUAAUCAUGCAAAAUGCUGUCUGAUUGUAGCCAUAUGGAGACCAGAGGCUUUUUUAUUUUUAUUUAUCUUGCAAUCAUUCAUCAUCACAAUUGUCUACUGAUGAUAAUGAUGUCUAUGAUAACUCUACAUGUGGGCAGUUUGUCAAUUAGUGACUGUCAAUUUUCUAAUUAACCUGUUAUCUCCCAAGAUCUCAUAAGUUAUUCUUCUUAUUGACUCCCUUAAAUGUACAUUUCCUUGUAAAUUGGACAGGAGAAUGUGUUCUUUCUCAAAGUAACAUCCGUUAGUUACUAAGCUUAAUAAGUUUGCCAUAACCUGUUUGCGAGAUUUUAUAUUGGAAUUACAAGGAGAAUUUACAUUUUGAUCAUUUCUGGGAGAUGUGAGGUUUAUGCUAACAGUGAUGUUUUUAUUUCUAGAAAGUGAACUGCGUGAAGUUUAACCAACCAGACAGCACAGUAUUAAUAUCUGGCUCAUAUGAUGCCAGUGUACGGUGCUGGGAUUGUAAAUCGCGCAGUCCUGAGCCAAUACAGAUUCUUGAUGAUGCUAAAGACAGUGUGCCUUCCCUAUGUGUGUCUCAACAUGAAAUUCUGUCUGGGUAGGUUUGCAAGUGCUAUAGGUUACUACAUGUAGCUGAAGCAGUAUCCCUGUCAACUCUCUUGCCUUGGGCAUGAGCACUGUGCCUGUGGAGAGAACAUUUGGAUCUCAUGCUAGCGCAUUCCUGGUGACCAAUUUCUUGUACAUGAAGGGAAAGAGGAGGCUGGCAAAGCCCUGAAUGGCACUUGAUAAAAAUGUAUGGUCUAAAAAUCAUUAUAUGCCCUAAGAGAAAACUAGGCUGUGUAAAUUAUCAUCUUUCUGCCUAGACCUUUGAAUGUGGAAGGAAAGCUCUGGAGACAGAUUUGUGUCAAAUCUCCUGUGCAUCCUCCCUAAUUUUGGAUUUUAGAGUUAGUCCUAUGAUAUAAUCUAAUUCUCCAUGAAAAUUUGGCUUUUCUGAGGAAUAAAUUCUCACAUUGACUCAAAACAUGUAAGCAAGUAUAUUAAUUUGUGGGCUGCUAGAACUGUGCAAUUGUUAAUAUUAUCAAAAAAUUAUUUCUUGAAUGUAACUUAUUUUUAUGAAAAAGUCAACUAGGAAUUUUAGAAAAGUGUCUUGAAUUUUUUUUAUAAAUGCAUUGCUUAGUGCAAUAACUAUUAUGAACUUAAAACUCAGUAUUGAUAUCAUUUUUUUGGUAGAAUGUCUAGAGAGAGAAAAAAGAAAUAGAUAUGACAACCAUUUUUUCUUCUAAAAACUACUCUUUUUGUUAUGUACAAUUCUUCCUUAUAAGAUCUGUUGAUGGCAAAGUCCGUAACUAUGAUAUCCGUAUGGGUCAGUUGCGAGUAGAUUGUAUUGGCCAGCCAGUCACCAGUGUGAAUUUUACGAGGGAUGGUCAGUGUGUGCUGGCAUCAACAUUAGAUGACACCAUUCGUCUGAUGGAUAAAGACACUGGGGAGUUACUGAAUGAGUGAGUCAGAAUUUCUACUCUCAGAAAAGUCAUCAGGGGAAGUACACUUCAUACAAGUUUUAUUAGCCAAACUGCAGAAACUUCUGAAUUUAAUAUACUUUGGACAGAAUAGAUCUUUAAAUCAUUCAUGCUUAUUGGCUAUGAGAAACUGUUUUCAUUGGGUGACUAACCCAAAUUUUUGUCUGUGAGUUUUCCUUUUAUUCCUUUAACCCCUAAGAGUGACUAGCAUCUAAUUUCUCCCUAUAAUAUCACCUCUGAACCAUACAUUAAAGUCAUGAGAAUAAAAGAAAGGAUCACCAACUAAAGAACCUCUUUAUUUUUAAACAAAUUUUCCUUGUUAGCACCUUAAGAAUUGUAUCAAGAAUAUGCAAAAUGGUGUUAUGGUGUACAGGGUAAAUUAAUACUACCUUACUGCUACCAAAACUAUCACUGCUCUCUUUCUUACCUAGUGUAAUGUUGGCUCAUUGCCCUUCUCAUUUCAGAUUUAAACUACUCAGGCAAGACACUUAAAUGAUUAAGAGAAGAAUUAAUGAUUAAGAGAAUUAGAGAGAAGAAAGGCUUUGAAUUAAUAUAACUUCUAAAAAUCACUCCUUUGCUCUCAGAAUUGAUGUACUUGUAACUUCUCCUUACAAUUUUAGUAUAUUUUAAAUUAGACAGGUUAGUGAGAAUUAAGAGUACCAUCAUCAAAGGAUGGUAUUUUGAUAAAACACACAUAAAAAUGUGUUGUAGCCAGAAAGGAGUAGUUAUGAUCAUUUUGAGGUAGUUUAAAGGUAACACUGAUGAAAUGUUCCAUAAAAAGUUUUGGAUUAAUGUAAAUCAUUUUGGGAGAAUUGUAGUACUAAUGGAUCAUUGUUGUAUUCAGGUUUACAGGUCAUAUAAACAAAGACUAUAAAGUGGACAGCUGCCUGAGUAGCAGUGACGCACAAGUUGUUAGUGGCUCAGAGGAUGGCAGGAUUUGUUUUUGGGAUCUGGUUGAAGCCAAGAUAGUACACACCCUGGAUAAAGCUCAUAAAUCUGUUGUUUACUCUUUGUCUUAUCACCCUACAGAAAAUUACCUUCUGUCAGCAUCUUCGGAUGGAGAAGUCAAAGUUUGGCAUGAUUCAAAUUGGACACCAGAGUAAAUAACUUGGCUAUGAGAAACAGGAACCUAUGUGACUGAAAACCAUAAUUUGGUUUUGUGCAUGUAUGAUUUAAUAAUUUAUGAUUGUAAAUAAAUAGUUGUCUAUAUUUUAAUUGCUUAGAGAAAGAUAGAGUGAAAGAUAGGUUUCUUUUUCCUUACUACCUGUACACAAUACAUAAUAAGUACAAAUUAUCAACAGUCAAAAGGGGACAGGAAGUAACAAAGAAGAGUAGUGUAAGAAUUGGUUUCGACCAGCAAUCCCUAUCUUUGCUCCUCCCAGGAGGGGUAACAAUAAAAAAGGGUUUUGUGUUUACUAAGUAUCCUAUAUUCUGAUAGGAUUGAUAAUUUUGAAAGCAAUGUGUGAGGAAAAAGAGUAAAAAAGAUGUUGAAAUUUAAAUUCCAUCACUAAGGUUUUUAGUUUCAGAUUUUUAGUUGUUGAAGCUGUCUCAAUCGUUUGGUGGAUGAUUAAUAAAUUAGAGAUUGAAUAUUUCAAAGCAAUCCACUCUUCUCAACAGA